AUGACCCCCUUUGGGCCUGCGGUCCCAUGGCCCAAGGCACAAGACCAUUUGACUUCCAACCACAGUGGAAAUUCAGUCGAAUCGAUCAUAUCACAGAUGGAGGAAAUGGGAGCUCAAGUCUUCCACUCUCAGAAAGGGAGAUGUGCAAACAUCUCAUGGGACUACUUAUCGGGGAUAGAUGAUAUCAAACAAGAAGUCGAAGAUACCAUCAUGCUGCUCAUGCUGCAUCCUGAAAAGUAUGCCAGAGUGAUCUCGGGAACCCGUGCAGAUUCGUCGGAGAACAACCGCCCGAAGGCAGUGCUCUUUGAAGGUCCACCAGGCUGCGGAAAGACAACCAUGGCGAGAAUGAUAGCAAACAAAGCUGACAUCCCUAUGAUCUACCUGCCGCUCGAAGCUGUUGUGUCCAAGUGGUAUGGGGAAGCAGAGAAGAGGCUCUCAUCGAUCAUGGACCUGACGGGCAAGCUGGCUGAUCUAGAUCGGAACAAAGGAGCACUUCUGUUCCUGGAUGAAAUCGAAGCACUAGCUGUUUCUAGAGAUGGUGAAAUCCAUGAAGCAUCGAGACGAAUGCUCUCCGUCCUCCUCAGAACGAUCGAUGGCUUUCAGACUAAGGACGGCCUGAUUGUGAUAGGAGCGACAAAUCGAGUGGGUGACAUCGACAGCGCACUGCGCAGCCGUUUUGACGUAAGCAUCAAAUUCGAUCUCCCGGAUGAGCAGAGUCGCAAGCAGAUCGUUGCAAGAAUGACCAGACAUCUAAGUGGUCUGGAGCAGCAGAAGCUUGCUCAGCGAAUGGCUGGUUUCUCAGGCAGAAAUAUUCGUGACGUUUGCGAACAAGCAGAACGCAGAUGGGCAGCGAAGAUCAUUCGGGGAAAAGCUCCUGAAGAUCAGCUACCGCCUAUGGAAGAGUAUAUUUCUGCCAUUCAAUCACGCAUCAACUCUGGUCUGCAGUGA